AUGGAGUCAAGUAGUGGACUAGAGCAGGGAAAUGACUUGGAUGCAAAGCCGACUGUGUGCUUUCUGGGUCCGGUCUCAUCUUAUACGCACCAGGCUACGCUAGACACAUUUCCCACAGACAAAUUUGACUUCCUCCCCGUAGACACGAUCAAAGUAACACCUCCUCCUCCCCGGGGGAAUAAAGACAUCUUCGACACAACGCAAUCCGGCCGCGCAGCCUGCGGCAUCGUACCCUUCGAGAACUCGACCAACGGCUCCGUGGUAUUUACCCUAGACCAGAUCGCCGACCGCGCCGGCGAGUAUCCCGACCUAGCCGUGUGCGCCGAGAUCUACCUCGACGUGCACCACUGCCUAGUCGGCCACCACCACCACCACCACCACAGCCACCACCUGGACCUAACCCACGUCAGACGCGUGUACAGCCACCCCCAAGCCUUCGGACAAUGCACCAAGUUCCUGCGCGAGAAGCUGCGGGGCGUCGAGACCGUAGACGUCAGCUCGACCAGCCGCGCCGCGGCCCUAGCCAAGGACGACGCGACCGGCGCGAGCGCGGCCAUCUCCAGCGCUGCCGCGGCGCAGAUGCUCGGCCUGGACGUCCUGGCGCGCAACGUCGAGGACCGCGAGGACAACACGACGCGGUUUUUCGUGGUGCGGCGCGGCGGCGCGGCUAUCCCGGGGCUAGAAGAAGUCCUCAGCAAGCGGCGGCGGCGGCGGCAAGGCACAGGUGGGGAUGGGGAUGGGGACGGGGAUAGCGAUAGCGAUAUCUACUCGCAAAGCAAAUCCCUCGCCUCCUUCACCGUCCCGCACCGCUCCCCCGGCGCCCUCGCCGACGUGCUCGAGUGCUUCCGCCGCGCGCGCCUCAACCUGACCAGCAUCAACAGCCGGCCGAGCCUGGCGCAGCCGUUCCAGUACGUCUUCUUCGUCGAGUUCGAGGGCCAUAGGCUCCGGGAUCCCGAGGGUCGGGUGCGCGACGCGUUGGCUAGCGUUGCGGCUGUGGCGCAGAGUUGUCGGUGGUGGGGGAGUUGGGAUAAUAUGCGGUAG